CGUCACUCGAAUCCGUAUCGGCACGGAACAGUUCGCUACUCAAUAAAACUUUAUUUAUUCGCCUUUCCUACUACAAUUCCAGCUCAUUUUCCAACUCUACCAACGAUGGCGACGCUAAAAGAUCGUCAAAUUAAUGCUAUCAAGCAGAUGCUAAAUCUCAAUCAACCCAUCACGAAAGCGAUCUCGGCCGAACCCGUCUGGAAGCUGCUGAUAUACGACCGUGUCGGGCAGGACAUUAUUUCACCGCUCAUAUCGAUCCGCGAGCUCCGGGAGAUGGGCAUUACGCUGCACAUCCAGCUACAUUCCGACCGUGAUUCCAUACCGGACGUACCGGCAAUAUACUUCUGUGCGGCGACGGAAGAAAACCUGGGCCGCAUCGCGCAAGACUUCCAGAACGGGCUGUACGACGUGUACCAUCUGAACUUUAUCGCGCCCAUCUCCCGGCAGAGGCUGGAGGAUCUGGCCGCGGCCGCACUGCAGGCGGGAUGCGUAGCGAACAUUCACAAGGUGUACGACCAGUACCUGAACUUCAUCACCCUGGAGGACGAUAUGUUUGUGCUGAAGCACCAGAACAGCGAUGCUCUUUCGUAUUACGCUAUUAAUCGUGCCAACACGGAAGACGUCGAGAUGGAAAACAUUAUGGACAGCAUUGUGGACAGCCUGUUCGCGGUGUUCGUAACGCUCGGCACGGUGCCCAUCGUACGCUGCCCGAAGAACAGUGCCGCCGAAAUGGUCGCCCGCAAGCUGGAAAAGAAGCUGCGCGAAAAUCUGUGGGACGCGCGCAACAAUCUGUUCCACAUGGACGCGACGCAGACGGGCGCGUUCAGCUUUCAGCGCCCGCUGUUGGUGCUGCUGGAUCGUACGAUCGAUAUGGCGACACCGUUGCACCACACCUGGACGUACCAGGCGCUGGCGCACGACGUGCUCGAGCUCGCCCUGAACCGGGUCGUGGUGGAGGAAGAUCCGUCGGCCGACCAGCAGCAGCAGUACGGGGCGACCGGGGCCAAGCCAAAGACGAAGGCGUGCGAUCUGGAUUCGCGCGACCGGUUCUGGUGUACGCACAAGGGCAGCCCCUUCCCGACCGUUGCCGAAGCGAUACAGGAGGAGCUGGAGCAGUACCGGUCGUCGGAGGAGGAAAUCAAGAAGCUUAAAACGACCAUGGGCAUCGAUGGCGAGUCGGACGCCGCCUUCUCGAUGGUGAACGACAACACGGCCAAGCUGACGAGCGCCGUCAACUCGCUGCCGCAGCUGCUGGAGAAGAAGCGGCUGAUCGACAUGCACACCAAGAUAGCGACCUCCAUCCUGAACUACAUCAAGUCCCGGCGGUUGGAUUCGUUCUUCGAGCUGGAGGAAAAAAUCAUGUCCAAGCAGGCACUGGACCGGGCGCUCAGUGAGGUGCUGAAGGAUCCCGAGUUUGGGCUGCCCGAGGACAAGAUGCGACUGUUUAUCAUCUACUACAUCUGCAGCAACGUGUCGGACGGGGAGUUUAAGCGGAUCGAGGAAACGCUGCGGGAGUGCGGAUGUGAUCUGUCCCCGCUGCCGUACAUCCAGCGGUGGAAGAGCAUCAUGAAGAGCACGCUUACCAACUCGAACCAGUACGAAGGCAGUGGCACGAAAACGGUGUCCAUGUUCUCGAAGCUUGUAUCGCAGGGGUCGUCGUUCGUGAUGGAAGGCGUAAAGAACUUGGUGGUGAAAAGACAUAAUCUUCCUGUAACCAAAAUCACCGAACAGCUGAUGGAAUGCCGGUCCGGUGGCGGGUCGGAGGUGGACGACUAUCUCUACCUCGACCCGAAGCUGCUCAAGGGCAGUGAUGUGGUGCCGAAAAAUCGGGCCCCCUUCCAGGACGCCAUCGUGUUCGUGGUCGGCGGUGGCAACUACAUCGAGUACCAGAAUUUGGUGGACUUUAUCAAAUCGAAGCAGAGCACCAACAGCAUCCGGCGCAUCAUUUACGGUGCCUCGACGCUAACGAAUGCGAAACAGUUUUUAAAACAGCUGUCACUGCUGGGGCAGGAAAUCGGUGGCGUAUAGAGCAAAUCGGAUCCGGUGCGCCGGGAAGGCACUGCACGUUGCUUUGGCGUUGUGCGGCGGCUGGCGGUGGGAAAUGAUCGGUGUGAGCUUAGCUAGACGGGGGUGGGGAACGAUGAUCGCGAGGGUUGUUAACGAAAUGGGCUAGGAUUAUUAACGGGGUUAAGUGGGAGGGGGAGCUAUGUUUCCUAGUUAGGGCUCUAUGUUUCUGCAGAUGAUUACAAUCCGUUGCUAAUUGUGUUUCGUUAGCUUUCGAAGCGUUUAUAUUGGGUAGCAUCGCAUUUACGUUAGCCAGCGGGCAGAGGGACAGUACCAACCCGAGUAUGUUUUAUUCGGAUAACUUUUGCCUAGUAUUGAUAAAUAUAUAAAAUAAAAUGGAAAAAUUGUCGACGCUGAGACAUUAUUGUCUGGCGUGGAUGUUAAUUUCAUUAAAAA